CAAUAGAUGCACAUAUAAAGGAGCUGUUUAUGAAUACGAAUUGCCCUAUGCAGAUCCAUUUUCUACAAAUUAUUCUGUCGAUCAAUAUAUUAAUACUAAUUUGAAAAAUUAUAAACAUGUUUUACAAAUUGCAGCUUCAAAGUGGAUGACAAACUUCAGAAAAUCUACCCUAUCACAAACCAGAAACUAUUCAACAUUAUUUAAAAAACAUCUAUUAUUUUAAAUUACCAAGGAACGAAAGAAUUAAAUGAUUGCGCACAAACAAAAGCUAAUUGAUAAAUUAUGAAUCGACACUUAUUAAAAUAAUUUACCCCAAAAAUAUAAUUUAUUCAUUUUAUUUUGAUAUAUUCUUAUUACCAUAACCCGAACAAACGAAAAAUGCAACACAUCAUAAUAAUCAUUACUAAAUUAUGGUAUUUUCGAUAUUUCAAAAUUAUUCCAAAAUGUUUCGCUAGAUGACAAGUUUAAUCGGGGUGGCCAGAUUUUUCAACGCUAUCUCAAAAGAACAUCAAAAUGAAGGAAUCAGGUACGAACCUCCUUAAUAAGAAUAGUAUCGAUAGAUAUAGGAAUAAUAAUCAUUUUCACUAUGUUACAUUUUCGCGCGUUAUUCGUCAUUACACCUUGAUCGUUUCCAUAUUCUUUCAGCUCAAUUUUGGAAUUGGUCAAUCCCAGUCCACAGCUCAACCACAAAAACUACGUCAAUCCUCUGUGAACAUACGCAAAUCACCAUACGUAUGCGGCAGUAUGACCAUUCGAAAUACCGUGGCCAAUUUCAAGCUCCUGGAAAAUUGUACCGUUAUAGAAGGAAACCUGGAGAUAGCCCUGUUCGAUUUCACGAAACCCCAGGAUUUCGAAAAUAUAUCCUUUCCCGACUUGACAGAAAUCACCGGCUACCUGUUAGUUUACAGGGUCAACGGCAUUACAUCGCUUGGACCUUUAUUGCCAAACUUGACCGUUAUAAGAGGCACCACUUUGGCUUAUAAUUACGCGCUAGCCAUUUAUCAAAACUUCAACCUCGAAGAAAUCGGCCUUUCUUCCCUAACCCUCAUUUUAAGGGGAGCCGUAAGAAUCGAAAAGAAUCCAUUAUUAUGCUACAUCGAUACCGUGGCCUGGGAAAUCAUUCUCUCUAGUUCUGAAUAUUUGGCGGAGAGUGUUUACCUCGAAAAUGCCGACGCAACUACUUGCAGUAACGAAUGUAGCGGCGCAAGAAAUACGCUGCUUACUAAAAAUCAUACGAAAAUUAAUGGAGAUGGUGAUAGGACAAACUUAGUCGGCGAUUAUUAUAGUGGUAUAGUUAGCAAUUCCAUAUCGAAGUGGAACCAGAUCUUGCCGACCGAAUGCCCUGUCAAUUUCAAAAGCAAUCGUAAAGCCGGGUAUAACAACAAUAUCAAAGAGAUACAAUCCGUUACUCAUUUGUGCUGGGGUGAAAAUUCUUGCCAAAUAGUGUGUAUUCAUUGUCAAACGAAAGUGUGCGACAAAUAUGGUAAUUGUUGCCACAAGGAAUGCCUGAGCGGGUGUUUGGGACCGACCGCCAAAAACUGUACGGUGUGCAAAAAUUUCUACUAUAAAAAGGAAUGUCACGCCAAAUGUCCUUCUAAUACCUACGAGUAUCUUGGUCGGAGAUGUGUUACCGCUUCAUUUUGCCGCGAUCCUAUGAAAAGGGUCAUUUUAUUACCCGACAAUACUUUACAAUCCCAGACGGACGAUACUUUGUAUUCGAACGAAAUUAAUGACAAGCCCGUUCUGAAAUAUAAAAUAUUUGGGAAUCAAUGCGUUGAAAAAUGUCCGGUAAACUACAUGGAGGACAAAAUGGAUCCCCAUUUAUGUCUCAAAUGUUCUGGCCCGUGUCCGAAAGUGUGCCAAUCUCAGCCAAUAUUAAACAUAGCCGACUCACAAACGUUGAAAGAUUGUACAGUGAUCGAUGGAAACUUGGAAAUCGCUAUCCAUGGCGCGCAGGGAGUCGCCAAAGAACUCACCAUAAAUUUGGGGCAUAUCGAAGAGGUUAGAGGGUACGUCAAAAUAUCUCGAUCUUAUUCGGUCGUUUCUCUCGAUUUUCUCCGUAAUUUGUCCGUUAUACGAGGCCAAGAAUUGUGGAAUAAGCAAUACAGUUUUAUAGUAUUCGAAAAUUAUAACCUCGAAUUUUUGUGGGAUUUCGACGGCUCUUUCAAAAAUUUGACCAUUUUGCGGGGGAAGCUAUUUUUCCACUUAAACCCACGUCUUUGUUUGUCGGUUAUAAGGAAAUUGGUCGAUUUUGUCGGUCUGACGGGCAAAACGGAUAAUACAGAUAUUUCCGUUAUCUCCAACGGCGACAAGAUUGCUUGCGAAGUUCAAAAAUUAGCUCUAACCGUGUUCUUCGUUAGGAGUAAGAUGGCAAUAAUCAGAUGGGAAAGCUUUAAGUCUCACGACCCUAGAUCCCGAUUGAGUUACAUUCUAUCAUACCGAGAAUUACCUUCACACCUUCCUUACGGCUCAUCUGAAGCCAGAAAUAUCAAAGAAUUGGAUGAUUCCGAAAUAACUCAAAAAAGAAAUCAUUCAUUUUCAUCGAUCGAUCUCCAACAACAUACAGUUCUUUCUAACUCUAUCGAUGCAGCUAACGAUCCAGAAAAAAGUCAGAAAGGUUUUGGCGUUGUACAUCAAGAAAACGAUUCGAACACCAACGACCUCAACAAUAAUGCGAUGGAAUCGGGAGAAAGUUGGCAUCCAACGGUCAAUUUUUCUCAAGACAAGGACGUUUGUGACUCCGAAGAUCCUUGGAAAAUAGUGGACGUGCCCGCUCACAAUAGAUUAUCUAUCGAAGAGAAAGCGUUCGAUAUCGACAAUAUUAAGGGAAAUAAGAAUUUCAAAAAUAGCCACGAUGAUAAUUUUGACGAUAGGGAGUCAUUUGUCACCCAAAAUCAUCGAGAUAAAAAGCAAAAUUUUGUGUUAUUUUCCAAGUUUCGAGCCAUUUUCGAUGAAGAAUAUACGAACGAGAACCUUAACGGGCCUAAUAAAUUUGUUGACAAUAAACAAAAAACACCUUUCGUUAAAGAGAUGAUUAAGGAUCUCAAACCUUAUACCUGGUACGCCGUUUAUGUUAAAACGUUUACCAUGCCUUCAGAAAAUUUUGGUGCUCGUAGUGACAUCGUUUAUUUUCGAACCAAACCUGAUGAACCUAGCCCUCCCUUGAAUCUGAGAGGCCUCCCGCUUAAAUUCACAUCUAGUAGUUUGAACAUAAAAUGGUCGCCACCAAAAUUUCCUAACGGUAAAAUAACUAAUUACAUCGUAACCUGGAAACGAAUAAUCCCCCAUAAAAAUCUGAACUUUGCCAGGGAUUAUUGCCUUCAACCAUUACCCGCGACAACGCAAUACGUUUUCAGUAACGGUACCAAAGGAGAUCACCAUACUUCCCCUUUUCCUUUGAAUGAAAAUUUGCUCAACAAUCCUUAUUCGAAUGACAAUAUAUCGCACCCCAAGUAUUGCCCUUGCGACCAAUUAGACCUAGCUAACAGCGCCAAGGUUAGAAAAGUAUCCCGGUACGAUGAACGAGAAGAGAGGGAUAAAAUCGCCUUCGAAAAUUUUUUACACGACAUAACCUACAUCAAGAGACCAGAUUUUAACGCUCAAGAAGAAAGGGAAGAAGUAAAAUUAUUGUACUAUUCCUGGCUCAAACUAAACGAAUCUUCCCGGGGUUCCCAUCACACAGUUGACAAACUAAACGAUAUAUUAUAUAGCAAUUACCAGCAGGGCAUCUCGAAUCCUUAUGGCAAAAUAAAAUUCGAUAAUUAUAAUAAUUCAGACUCUGAUUUCAAUAACUCUCAGCGGGUAGAAGCGACCGAUAAUAUCAUACCAACAUCAUCAUCAUCAUCACUUAAUCUCCCGUUCGAAGCAUCUAGCAAGAUUAAUAAUAAAACGCUCGAAAUAACACAAUAUACCGAUCCAGCCUUGAUCGUUAGAAUGGCUACCGUAAUCGGUUUCAACAAUAUUAGUUUCAAUAUAACCGGGCUCAAGCAUUUUCAACACUAUAAAAUCUCGGUUAAAGCCUGCCAAGAUAACUUAUCAGAUCUUCCCAAAAUAUAUACCAAUAUUAAAAAUAAUCCCAACACGCUCAAUAACGUUAAUUCAACGGAUACUGACAAAAGUUUACCUUACCCUGACCCAAAAGCGGACAGGAAAUGUAGUCAGGAAACACUGAUCGUAUUGAGAACUUUGCCAUUAGGAGGAGCCGAUAAUAUAAACGUGUCGACGGUCAAGACCGAAGUUUUUAUCUCCAACCAAACCGCUAGGAUUCAAUGGGAGGCUCCCGAAAACCCAAAUGGCAUGAUAGUCUCUUACGAGAUAUUGUUUCGCGGAAUUGACCAUCCAAAUAGAUUAUAUCGUGAUUGCGUAUCAAUAUCCAAUUACCAAACGUACAACGGAUGGCAACGCAUAUUGGACCCCGGAAAUUAUUCGUUUACACUCCAAUCAACGUCCUUAUAUAAAAAAUCUGAGAUGGCCCCCGAGUUUUAUGUGUAUAUGCCAGAGGACGAACACUCUACAACAUCUCAGUUCAAGCGUAUGUGGCUAACUCGCCGAAAAACAAUGGCCACCUGGUUCGCCGUUAUUUCGGCCAUUUUUGUUUUUGCUGUAGCACUUUGGUCAAUUUAUUGUCUCUGCCUACGCAAACGAUACCAAUGUUACGCCUUUUACGAUAAGAAACAUAAGAAGUUCGUUUACGGCGGAAGGAGACGGUAUCGUGGAGGAAGAGGAAAAAAUGGCGAUUAUUAUUAUAAAAAUGGCGAUGGUGUUAAUAUCAUUGAUGGCGUUAUUCCCCCUAUAAAUGGAUGGGUAUACACGUCCAUUAACCCUGAUUACAUCAACUCCGCCGAAGUUUACGUGCCGGACGAAUACGAAAUUGAUCGUUAUAAGGUGAUAAUUGAUCAAGACUCACCCCCCUUAGGACAGGGUUCUUUCGGAGUAGUUUACAAGGGAAAAAUAUUGCUAUCACAACAAUCUAAUGAUAAUACAACGACAAAUAAAGAUGAUAAUGUGUAUAUAGAUUGUGCCAUCAAGACUAUCAAUGAAUCGGCGUCCGCCAACGAAAAAUUGCAAUUUUUAAAAGAGGCUUCAGUUAUGAAAGGUUUCGAUUGUUAUCACAUCGUAAAAUUGUUGGGUGUGGUGAGCAAAAGUCAACCUACUUUAGUACUGAUGGAACUUAUGGAGGGAGGAGAUUUAAAAACUUUUCUGAGAGCUCACAGGCCACAUACAGAACAGCAAUCAUCAAAUACUGGAUCAACCAACGUGCUAGAUCUCGUAAACGUGGAUAAUCCUGAUAACCUGGAUAAUCGUCCCCAUAGUUCUAUGAGCCCCGUCACUUCUAGCUCACCUACCAACGAAACUACAAACUCGAACCCCAAACAUUUUUCCCCCUCUUCCAUAAAAGAAUCUAUUUUAAAAAGAAAGCCGCUUACAUUUAAUCAGUACUUGCAAAUGGCGGGAGAGAUCGCGGAUGGAAUGGCUUACCUAUCGACACUGCACGUAGUGCAUAGGGAUUUAGCCGCUCGGAAUUGCAUGGUGGCCGAGGAUAUGACUGUCAAAGUUGGAGACUUUGGUAUGACUAGGGACAUAUACGAAACAGAUUAUUAUAGAAAAGGAGGCAAAGGAUUACUCCCUGUUAGAUGGAUGUCGCCGGAAUCCCUAAAAGAUGGCAUAUUUACUUCUCAAUCCGAUGUCUGGUCAUACGGCAUAGUGCUCUGGGAAAUUGCUACCUUAGCCUGGCAACCUUAUCAAGGCCUUUCUAACGAACAGGUCGUCAACUAUGUUAUCAAUGGUGGAAUCUUGGAAAAGCCUCACGGAUGUCCUGAUCAAUUGUACGAACUCAUGAAGCUAUGUUGGAAUUUUCAGCCCAAAACUAGACCCACUUUCUUGGACGUGGUUGAAAUACUUUACCCUGACCUCAGUGCCAAAUUUAAAACCGUUUCAUUUUUCUCGAAAGCAUUGCGGGAAAAUUACAUCGAAGACUCUCUGCUAGAGGAAGAAGAGUUGGACGAUAAGUUGAUGCAAUUGAAAUCUGAUAAUCGUCUAAGCCACUCCAAAAUUGCUCAGGACAUCGACGAAGAUGACUUUCAUCAAAAUCACACAUCAGAAGAAUCACCUAGGCCAAAAAUUAUCCACCAAGAAAUUGUUUGCGAUGCCCUAGAAAAAGAUGAUAAUAAUGACGUUUUACCGCUAAAGAAUAACGAAUAUUCUGACAAACCUUUAUUGGUUUCCUCUUUACCCUCCCAUGUCACUGAAAAUAGGAGAAGAAAAUGGAAACUUAAAUCCUUGUUGGUAGGCUUAUUACCGGGUCGUGAAGAAGAUUCCGCUAGAACCAGCUUCAGCAGUCGUAAGGGCCUUUUGUCUUCGAGAUCUUUUGGAAAGAAAUAGGACGAAAUAAAAUUUUACCUGUUUGAUGAAUUGAUCAUGUAUUCAUGUUUACUUAAUUUUUUCUUAUUAUUAUAAAAUGAGAUAUGACAAAUUAAAGAAUAUUUUUAUAUUAUAUUUUUUUUGUCCCAAAUAUAAAUGGCGGGCAAACAAGAAUGAUGAUAAAAUCUAUAAUCAAAUUUUACUCCGACUUAUAAUAUAUAUUAGAAAUUAUAUUAUUUAGAUUUUAAAAUAUCUAGAUUGGGAAUAAUAAAUGAAAUAUUAAUUUAUUAUAUAAUAAUCCAUCUAUAAUUUUUUUUUUAUAUUGAUAAAUAUCCUACUUACAGUACAUACGCAAAAUAUAAAUAG